AUGGACGUUGGAAAACGGCCGUCUCGUUUACGAAGGCAUUUGCCAAUGACAAUGGCGGUCUCCGGUUCUUGUGAGCAAGCAUCCCAGCAACAAGAUCAGGUCGUGUCACAAUCAAGCUUUCGAAAUCAUCCCAAUCCAAGCCAUGCGCUGCGGAGAAGAAAGCAACAGCAACGUACACGCCUUGUGUCGGAUACGGUGGCGAUGGAAACCAAGAAACGGUCUUCGUCGGAUAUGGCCAAAGAGGUGCAACGUAGUGUGAUUUUUGGCUGGCUCAUUUGGAUCGGUUGUGGUGGAUGGAUCGCGUUUCUAGUAUUUCGUAUCGCUUUCAGCUUAUGGCGAGGUGAAUACAAUCAACUCAGUCUUGUUCAUUAUAUUCGUUCUAUGAUCCAAUAA